AUGACGUCGGGGAUCGACGAGGCAGCGGCUGAGCUUCAGGGAAGUCUCUUUGGGGAGGUCUCGCCUGCGAUCGACUCGCCGGGUGCGGCGCUUGCACGUUCGUACCCGGUCCGCAUCACCGUGGUUGGAGCUGGUGACGUUGGCGUUGCUUGCGCCUAUAAUAUUUUGACCCGAGAUAUUUGUAGUGAGCUGGUACUGGUGGACGUUCUCAAGGACAAACUCAAGGGUCAAGUUAUGGACUUGCAGCAUGGAGGUGCGUUCUACAGCACCCGCAUCCGGGCUGCCGAGUCCUACGAGGAUACAGCACAUUCGGCAGUAUGUAUUAUAACGGCAGGUGUGCGUCAGCGGCCCGGAGAAAGUCGUCUUGAGCUCAUGGAUCGCAAUGCCGCAUUGUUCAAAGGCAUUAUUCCGCCCCUGGUGCAGUAUUCGCCGAACACAAUCCUGUUGGUUGUGAGUAACCCCGUUGAUCUAUUGACACAUCUAGCGUGGCAGAUGAGUGGCUUGCCCCGCGAACGUGUGAUUGGCUCAGGGACAUAUUUGGACUCUUCGCGUUUCCGCACACUUCUGGCGCAGCGGCUGGGCAUCGAUACCGCUUCUGUCCAGGCCAUGGUACUGGGCGAGCACGGAGACUCCUCGUUCGUGUACCGGAGUGGUAUUACGGUUGGUGGCGUGCCGUUGCGAACAUGCUUCGAGCGCAUGACCGACGCUGCGAGCGCGUCCACAGCAUUCUAUGAUCUGGUGAAAGGUGUCCAUCAGCAAGUUGUAGCCGCGGCUUACGAGGUCAUUAAGCUGAAAGGCUACACCAACUGGGCCAUUGGCAGCGCUGUUGGAAGCAUCGUUACAACGAUUGUGCAUGAUCGGCGCAAAGUGCUGCCAAUAACGACGCAUGCGGGCUCGUUGCGAGGCCUCGAGUCGGCGGAUGUAUUCUUGUCGUUGCCUUGUGUGCUAGGUCGGAAUGGUGUCGUUGAAGUACUACAAAUACUGCCGUUCAUGGAAAGUGACGAGAAAGAAGACCUCCAAUCCAGUAUAGAGGCACUCCAGAGCACGCCGAAGAAAGCAUCUUGA